AUGCCGAUUCGAACAGUUCUUGGUCUAAUAUUAUCCAUCUUCGUUACUGGUGCAAUAAUUUGGGCGUGUAGUUUUGAAAUUCAACCGAGAAAGAUGGGUGAAUCAGUAACAGCUCCCGGUAGAGAAUAUAAAUUUCUAACAGUAUUAAAUCUACAUCUCCAAGCAAUCUAUUACAUUAUCUGUAUAAUUAAUUUCUUUUUUGGCACAGAUACACUUGAAUCUGAAAAGCGUUCAUUCUUACAAAGACUACGUGACUUAUUUUUUGCGAGUGCUGCUUUUCCAAUAGGAAUGUUCGUAUGUAUCGCAUUUUGGGGAUUGUACCAUGUUGAUCGAGAAUUUGUUUAUCCAAAAGAAUUAGAUGCACUUUUUCCUUCGGUUCUAAAUCAUAUUAUGCAUACAUUACCUGGAAUCGCCCUUUGUUUGGAGAAUCUUGUACAUUAUCAUCGUUAUCCAUCAAGAUUAUUAGGUCUUUCACUUGUUAUCAUUAUAUUUGUUGCAUAUAUUACAUGGGUUCAUUAUUUACAUCGUAUUCAUUGGCUUACAUUUAGAGAAAAUGUUUGGGUAUAUCCAAUAUUAAAUGAAUUAUCAUCUACAUAUCGUGGUUUAUUCUUCCUUGGUUCAGCAUUAUUUGGUAUCGGAUUAUAUUUCAUCGGAGAAAUGUAUACAUUAUUUUUACCAAAUUUACAAACUGAUAGAACUACGGAAUAA